UCCGUCUCCACCACCACCACAUUGGGCGUCACCUACACCUCGCCGCCGCCGCUUUCCCCUUCCUCUACACCCUCCCUCCCAGCGGAUCGCGUCCUCUCCGCUCUCUCCUCCCUCAACAUCCACUCUCUCCGCCUCCCAAACCCCGAUCCUAACCUAAUCCGCUCUUUCGCUUUCACCAACACCUCUCUUUUCCUCUCCAUCCCUAACUCCCUCCUCCCUCCUCUCGCCGCCAACCGCUCACUCGCUGCCCGCUGGCUUUACGGUCACGUCCUCCCUUUCUACCCUCGCUCGAAGAUUUCUCUCAUUUCAGUUGGAGACGAUGCCGUCUCGCAAUUGUCUCCCUUUUUACUUCCUGCAAUCAGGAACGUGUACCUGGCACUCCGUGACCUCGGGAUUAAAAAAAUCUCAGUCUCCACGACUUUCUCUUUCGUGAACGUUAUUACGACGCCAUUUCCACCUUCUUCUGGUACUUUCCAAGAACCGCUUGGGGAAUUAUUGAUAAAGCCAUUGCUUCAGUUCUUGGAAGAUACAAAUUCAUCGUUCUUGGUGAAUCUUUAUCCGUAUAACUUGUAUAGGAUCAACUCUGAGAUUCCAUUAGGGUUUGCUUUGUUUCAAGAGCAUCCAUUCAAUUUUAGAGAUGAUUUGAUUACUGGAGUUAGAUACUGGAAUCUUUUCGAUAUGAUGGUGGAUGCGGUUGUAAGUGCACUUGCGGUGGCCGGACAUGAGAACCUUCCGGUGAUAGUGGCGGAGACUGGGUGGCCGAGUACCGGUGGAGAUCAAACUGAGGUUGAUGCGAAGCUAGAGUAUGCCGAGAUGUAUAUUAGGGGUUUGGUCGGGCAUUUAAGGUCUGGGGUGGGCACCCCGUUAAGGAAAGAAGGGGUUUCACAGGCUUAUAUAUUCGAGUUGAUUGAUAAGGAUAAUGUGAAACAAGGGACUAGAAGUUGGGGGAUUUUGUAUGCGAAUAUGAGUAAGAAGUAUCAUGUUGAGUUCUCUGGUUGUGGUGGAAGUGGCGUGGGAAGGGUGCUUUCGAUGCGUGUUUGCUUGGUAUGGUGGUUAUUGGCUGGUUUCUUUCUUGUUUAGUGGAUUUGGGUGACUGGGAAUUUCUCCUGAUUUGUUUGGUGGAGUACUGGGAUUUGAGUAAACAGCUUUGUUUAGUACUGCUGUUGGAGAGCUAAAUGGAAAAUAGGGUUAAUUUGUUCCUGGUUUCUGCUUUCUGUUGGAUGGAUAGGGUUAACUAGUACUGCACACGUUUUUUGUUUACUGUUGUUGAGAUAAUAGUAAGUAGGAGUUGAUUCUAAGAAGUUUAGAUUUCUUCAAAUAGCCCUUUUGAUGUUGACAAAUGAUGGGUUUUUCAUGAGAUUUAGUUUGUGUUUUGGGAGGGGAAGUCACAACGUGUAAGUUGUUGUAGAUUCGAUUAGAUAAGAUUUCUUGCAAGGCCUUUAAUGUUCUACAUCUCAAAUUUGUAGUGACUGGAAAUUUGGAAUUCCAUAAUCUGUUUCUACACAUUUUGUUGUUUAGAAAGCUGUAGUGCAAAGUGGUGUUGAGUUUCAUGCAAUGGUUGAUCUAUGGCACUUUUUUGUUACUGCACGAGAAAGAAUGGUUGAUUGAUUGUUCACCAGCAUCAUCGUGCCGGAAUCCAUAAGCAUUUGAUCGUCUACAUCAGAUACAUGACAAAAGGAAUUCAAAUUAUUGUUACUACCAGAGAAAGAAUGCCUGAUGAUUCAUGUGAUGGGAAAUUUUUGUUCAUUAGGAUGAUUAAAUUGAUAGAGCUUGUUUAAUCAGUACCUUGAAUUAGAGCCUUAAAGCACCAAUUCCAAGGGCACAGAUGCCCUGCCAGCCAUAUUUAUCUGCACAGCGUGAGAUUGUUUGUUUAGAUGAUGCGAUACACAAAGGCACAUCAUCUUCGACUUUCCAAAAGCACAUCCAAAAACCUUAAAAGCAGUUGAAAUGACGGUAAUUUAAUCUCCCUGACAACAAUGUUAUACGUUUUAUGGGAUUUGGGUAAGGCUUUUCACUAUCUUGUGAUUUGUUGAGUAAUUGCAUCGCAUUGAGCAGUUUAAUAU